AUGAGAACGAUGACGUCACCGCGCACGGUUCGAGCCGUGUUUGAGUUCCUAAAGGAUCGAGGAGGGAGGGUCCAACAGAUGGAGCUGAUCGAUCACUUGACGGCGACGCAGGCUGGCUCGAGUGACCCGCUGGAGUCGGAGGAGGUUUUGAGACAGGUCGUGGACACACUCGGGGUCUUGGAAGUGGAAAGCGGCGUGAAAUACGUGCGUUUGAAUGAGGAUUAUAGUAGCGCGCGCUCGAUGACGCGCGUGGAAAGCGACUGCCACGAGCACGCAAGCGAAUGCAACGGGGACGUGCACGAAACACCGGACAACAACAAGCUCGUCAGCAGCAACGUUGACAACAAACAGCAAACAGGAGCUACCAGUCCCCCUUCUUGUAAUAUGGAUGUUGCCAAGCAGAACUCCCAGACUAAUACAACUCCCGCUUCUGUCAGUGCCGGAGAAGUGAAGCUGAGGGAGAGAAGACGACGCGAGUCAGCCCCGCUGAUAGGAGUGCCAGAUCUAGACCAUCCCGCCGGCUCCCAAAGCCAACAAGUCCGAGGGUCCCGCAGGGUGUCCAAAGGGUCGCAGCGAGCGAUGCUGGCCAGCUGCCUGUCUGAAGACAGCACCAUAGAAGGGUUGGAUAACCUGGAUGUCAACACACCCAAAGGCAGUCGCAGAAACUUCAUCGAGCUGAUGAUGAAUUGUUCACCUCAGGUUCGGCGGUCUCUCAUCAACCGAGGGCCUCGCCUUCGGGACUCGAUGAGGAGCGACGGGGAUUCGGCGUCUCUGCUCUCGUCGGCCACCGACGAGGACUGCGCCUCGGUGACGUUGGACCCGAUGGAGCACGAAUGGAUGCUGUGCGCCUCGGACGGCCUGUGGGAAAGCCUGCAGCCCCUUUUGGCCGUGGAGGCCGGCCUCGUGGCCAAGAGAGACUUCGUAACCGGCUUCACCUGCCUUCACUGGGCAGCCAAGCAGGGCAAAGUGGAGCUGCUCUCCCAGCUGCUGAAGUUCGCCAAGGAUAACGCCGUGCCCGUUAACGUCAACGUGAGGUCAGGUGCUGGAUACACGCCUCUACACCUGGCAGCCAUGCAUGGACACACUCAGGUGGUACGUGUGCUGCUGUCUGACUGGGAGGCUGACCCCGAAGUGAGGGAUUACAGCGGCAGACGAGCCUUCCAGUACCUGCCCGCGCCUCUACCUACAGACCUGCUGGACCAAGGGGCGGUCACCUCACCAGGAGGCGAGUCUGACAACAAGCACGCAAACAUCGGCAGCAGCGGGGCACGUGGCUGGAGGUUCCCCAAGGUACUCCAGGGAAACCUAAACCCGUUGCGCCUCCUGAACUCUACAGGAGGGGCCUCCGAGGAGGCACUCAGGAAUGGGAGUACUAAGGGGGGCAUACUUAGGAAGUCGUCGCUAAGCAGGCUCAACGCUCGGCUACAUCGGGGGCGACACCGGGCUCAGAUUAUACAUAGCGCCUCCUUUAGGGACACGGGGGAAGUAGGGAGAGGAGAUGAUGAUUCCAGCACCCCCCAGCGAACACGGCCGCUUUCCAACCUGUUUGGAUAA